GAGAUUAUUUUUCAGCAAAACAAUGAAUUUUGAAAAAAUUGGUGAUUACACUCUUUUCAUUUUCUGUCCUCAAUUUGAAAAUGUCUAACCCAGAUUCAUAAGUGAACCUCCCUGGAACGUCCAAAGCAAACUAACAUUCAGCCCGCCACCCAUCGAGCCGGCUCUUUUUCGAUGUGGUGGAUGCACAUAAUGACACCUGAACGUUUCGCAGCUGAGAAGAAAUACACAGUAUGAGUUGGUUGUUGUUCAAUUUUGUUAAUAAAUUUAUAUGUAUAAAAAUGUCACAAAUCUAGUCGACUAUGUCAGGGCUAAAAAAAUAUAACAGGUAUUUCAUACCAAAUUAUAUAAUAACCGAAUGGAAGCUUUCUCAAGAUCAUUUCGGUCAAUCAGUUGGUGCCAUUGAUUUGGAGCUUUUCACACGGACCACUUUCGGCGGCUGAGCGACGUAGCCUGAUUAUCAAGGAUCAUAAGUGAAUUGCGCAAAGCUACCAGACGACGAUUACAAACAAGUGGCUUCUGUUAUUGUAAAGUGGAAAUUUAUUAUAUUUGAGUCAUCGAUGGUGGCAAAUAGCGAUGAAUACGAGUAGCUUGGUACAUACAACUCAGUCGCCUGUCUGAAAGCGGCUUACGAUCGAUAGUGAUAUCCUUUCAAUAUUAGCCUAUACAUGACAAAAAUGUUUUGUAAAUGUAAAAGAUAACGAUAGUUUACUAUAGUUUAAUUUCAAAUUAUUUUAGUUAGUUUAGUAUAAUGUUUGUUAUUCAAUAAUUUUAAAAUUUAUAACUUUUUCAUCAUAAAUAUUGAAUGCAAUUUUCCUUUCAGGAGUAUCCAUGGACGAUGCUUUUGUUUUUCUUGCUGCGUGGAAAAGGACCGAUUCCCAGAAGAACGUUCCAGACAGACUCUCAGAAGUUUAUUCGGAAUCUGCCAUUUCUGUUACUGUAACUUCAGUAACGAAUUUCAUAGCUUUCAUUUCGGGACUGUUCACACCUUACAGAUCCGUAUCUUAUUUUUGUUUAUACGCAUCGAUUUCUGUUCUUUUUUGUUACGUUUAUCAGAUAACGUUCGUUGGUGCAUGCAUGGCACUCUUUGGAUAUCUGGAGAAACAAGAAAGACAUUCUAUAUUCUUUACGAAAAUAAAUACACAAACAGAAAAUCAUUCAUGGAUUCGAAAAAUACUCUUCACCACUCCUAGGACAUCAAUUUGGACGAAGCUCGGUAAUAUUUUAUUCUUAUGGUAUGUCAUGAUAAUUAUUCUCUUCAUCACGGCAGGUUACGUGGCAGUUGGAGUUUGGGGAGUGACAAAAACAGAUACUAUAGGGCCAUUUUCCCAGUCUACUGCAUACGAUUCAUAUUAUUUGCAGUAUUAUAAAAAUGUUUUGAAAUAUUUCAAGCAUUACGAAUACAGCAUCCAAAUCAUUGUCGAUCAAGAAAUAAAUUAUGCAGAUGUAGAAAUUCAGAAUCAAAUAGAAAAACUUUUCUCCGAAAUGGAGAGAGAAGGAUUAAUUGCAAAUUUUCUUACCGAGUCUUGGCUCCAAAGUUUUGUGGAAUUUGUCAAAGACGAUUCAAUGUCUGCGAUCGUAAAGUCGUACAACAUGAGCGACACAAAAGAUUUUAUUGUAGUUCUGCGCCGAAUGUUUCUACGCCAUCCGUAUGCACAACGAUUUCGUAACGAUAUCGCAUUCAACUCUGACUAUACAACUAUCGUUGGAAGCAGAUUUCUUUGUCAGACUGAUUUCACGGUCGACGAAAAAUCAUUCUACGUGACUUUACAGAGACUAAGGAAAAUCACUGAUAAAAUGCCUUUUAGAGUGUUUCCGUAUCACUUUUUCUAUUAUAUCGUCGACAGCAUUGACUUGCAUGUAAAAUUUACUGUUCAACUGUUGUGUAGUAUCGUGAUAAUUGUAAUUAUUGUUUGUUUCGUUUUCAUGCCAGACGUUGUCGUUACGUUUUCGGUAGCUUUUUCUAUUGUUACUAUCGAAAUUUCCACUUUGGGUUACAUGGCUCUGUGGGAUGUCGAAUUGGCACCAGUGUCUAUGAUUGUCUUAGUCAUGUGCGCCGGUUUUUCGGUGGAUUACUCUGCUCAUAUGUCUCAUGCUUAUAGACAUUGCGACAUUGAAGGUUCCAAUGAACGUCUUCGUCAUAGCAUCGAUUGUAUAGGAUUCGCAAUAUUUCAAGGUAGUGCAACAACAAUAAUUUCCGUGUUACCUUUAACCGUUCCGUUGGCGUAUAUAUUUGUCACGAUUUUUAAAAUAAUAUUUUUGGUUAUUAUAUUUUCUUUUAUUACUGCGUUGGUAUUUUUGCCGGUUAUUUUAUCGACAAUGAAUUACAUGAAAUCGAAAAUGUGCGAAAGAAAGAAAAGAAGUAAAACCCUCGACCACAAAUUCGACGGACAGGUAAAUGUUGGUUAUCAAUCGUCAGAAAUUUGUACAUAAAUACGUUUCAAGGCGCUCUCGGCAUUAAUUAAUCUAUUUUAAUUACAAAUUUAAUAAUAUAGUAAUUAUUUUUUGAGGAAGACAUCGUCAUGUGCAGCAUUCACUUUUCAUACUGCUCAGCAAAGUGUCUUUGAAAGGUCAGUUCCAGUAA